AUGAUAUUAUUUCAAUCAACAUGGGAGGCCUGUGGGCUGUUACAACUUUAUUCUUCAGAAAUGAGUACAGAGAAUGCAUCAUCUAAAAAUUGGGAGCUUACCUUAUAUGAACUACAUCGUAAACCACAAGAACCUAUUACUGAUGGUACAGUGAUUGCUGUUAGUCCAAGAAGUUUAAAAAGUGAAUUAAUGUGUCCAAUAUGCUUAGAUAUAUUAAAAGUUACUAUGACAACAAAAGAAUGCCUGCAUCGUUUUUGUUCUGAAUGUAUUAUAACAGCACUGCGUAGUGGUAAUAAAGAAUGUCCAACAUGUCGUAAAAAGUUAGUCUCUAAAAGAUCCUUGAGAAGAGAUCCAAAUUUUGAUGCAUUAAUAGCAAAAAUAUAUCCAAGUCGUCAAGAGUAUGAAGCACAUCAGGAUAAAAUUUUGGCACGUUUAAAUCGACAGCAUUUAAGCGCUGCAUUAACACGUUCUCUUGAACAACAAUUAGGCAUAAAUGGUAAUUCAUCAGCGGCUAAUACAACCAGCGGCAGCGGUGGUGGUCGAGGAAGAAGUACAAGUCACUCUGGACGUACACAGCAUACCUCAGCAGCAUCAUCAUCAUCAGUUAGCGGGAAUCCUUCAAAUGAUAUGAAUCAUUCUACUGCCUCUGCUACUGUUACUGAUGUUGCAAUUAGUGAGGAAGAGACGUCAUCAAGUUUUGUUAAUAAUGAAAAUUGUUCAGGAAGGCGUAUUAUCCCCACAUCUCUACAUGCUAAUAAUCAAAUCAUUAAUAAUUCUGAUACAGAAAGUGGAAUGGAUACAAAUUCAAUUGGUGAAAAUAGUUCCAUUUCUGAUUUACCCGUGGUACAUCAUCACAGGAAUCCUACAUCAGUUGCGUUGAAUACUACUCCUGGUGCUGCUGGUACUGCUACUACUACUACAACGAAUGGCUCUGUUGGUAUUGAUCGUGAUCAUUUACAGAAUAGCACAUUACACAAUCAUAAUAAUAGUAAUAGUAAUAAUUCUACAUCAUCCCCAUCUGUUUAUCCUGAAAUAGAAAUUCUAUUAAAGCCGCAUCCACGUUAUUGUUCACAGUAUACAACAAUGAAUACUUCAGCGACUGCAUCAACUUCAUGUAGUCCAUCCACGUCAACAGGACAUCGGAAUCAUCAUAAUAAUAAUAGUCAUAUUCAUAAUAACAAUAAUAGUACAGGUAUCCAUAGUAACAAUAAUUAUAUCGAUCAAGGGAAUGGUUUAAUUAAAUAUUUGAAAGCACCAACAAUCACUACAGUGGAUCAUCUGUGUGGAUAUUUAACUGUACGAAUUAAUCUUCAAAGAAUCAAUAGAGAUGUAUCAGAUGAAACUGUUCGAUUUGUCUUAUACAGUUAUAAUGAAGCUACAAAUACCUAUCAAUUAUUAGAUUCCCAUAUGUCUAUUGAAGAGAUUAGUCGUGAUCAAUUUCAUGGGAUGAAUUGUCUUGAUUUAUAUUAUGCGCGUGAUGAUUUAUUAGAUGAUAAUAAUAAUAAUUAAAGGAAUUCGAUGCAGUAAAACAAAUAAAUGUACAAGGAAAAGCACACACACAUUGAACACAUUGAACAAUUCAUUUAAACGACAAUAAUACUAAUAUUAUUUAUUACUUCUGCGUUAAACAAUAUACAUAUUACUAAUAUAAUUAUUAUUAUCUGAAUUGUAUAUUAUUCAUUCAAGUUAUAUUGUUAUUGUUGCUGUUUUUUUAUCUGUAUAGUGCUGAAAUCUGUUUUCUUCUAGUUUUGUUUUAAUUUUUUAUAAUUUUUCUUUUUCUUUUAUCAAGUUUCAUUUAGUUUUCAUUUUGGUUUAUCAUGUGCUGUAAGCGUGCAUGUGUUUGUGUAUAGUGCUGAUAUAUAAUUCAUGCCAUUAAAUUAUACGCACAUAAUUAUAUCAUCUUUGCCAUUUUGCAUAUUUAUUUGCGUGUGUUUGUGUAUGUGUGCGUGCGUGCGUGAGCCUGUGUGUCUGUUGAAUUCUCUCUACCCAUCGAUCUGUCUGUCUGUCUAUCUCUCUAUCUACCUGUCUAUCUAGGUGUCUGCCUGUCUGUCUAUCUCGCUAUCUACCUGUCUGUCUAGGCGUCUGGCUGUCUGUCUAUCUCGCUAUCUACCUGUCUAUCUAGGCGUCUACCUGCCUGUCUAUCUCGCUAUCUACCUGUCAACCUAGGCAUCUGCUUGUCUGUCUAUACAUACACACACGGCUUAGAUGUGUCCUAUCGUAUAUGUCAUUAUUCUUUCCAAUUCAUGCUCUCAUAUUUUGUACAGACAUACGAAGUUAGUACAUUUGCCUUUCAAAUUUGACUUUACAUCUCAUUAUUGUAUAAAGUUUAUUAUUAUUAUGGUUGUUAUGCGCAAUUUUUAAUUCAUUAUUAUUUCUUGAUCUGUAGGAGUUUUGGGCCCC